AUGGACCACAUGUCCAUAAUAACCCAAGUUUCCAAUCCCAAGGAGGAGGAAAUAAUUUCUUUUAACCAAGAAAAAGCCACAAACGCCAACAGCAGCCCCCUGCCGCCCCCCGUGGAGGAGAACGGGUCCCCUCCCAAGUGUGACCAGGUUGAGGUCAUCCCUGUCCCUAGUCCCCCAGCUAAAUACCUCCUACCAGAGAUGAAAAUAUCUGACUAUGGUAAAAAGUGUGUGGUGAUUGACUUGGAUGAAACACUUGUGCACAGCUCAUUUAAGCCCAUCAGCAACGCUGACUUCAUCGUGCCGGUGGAGAUCGAUGGCACCGUUCAUCAGGUGUACGUGCUGAAGAGACCACACGUGGACGAGUUUCUCCAGAAGAUGGGGGACCUGUUUGAAUGCGUGCUCUUCACAGCCAGUCUCGCCAAGUAUGCAGACCCUGUGGCAGACCUGCUGGACCAGUGGGGCGUGUUUCGAGCGCGUCUCUUCAGAGAAUCCUGCGUUUUCCACAGAGGGAACUAUGUCAAAGACCUCAGCCGGCUGGGGCGAGAGCUCAGCAACGUCAUCAUAGUCGACAACUCACCCGCCUCUUACAUUUUCCACCCAGAAAACGCUGUCCCGGUUCAGUCCUGGUUCGACGACAUGAACGACACGGAGCUCCUGGACCUGCUGCCUUUCUUUGAGGGACUCAGCAAAGAAGAGGAGGUCUACGGCCGAAGGAGAACGCUCGCAGUUGUGAACUUCAAGCUCCACCUUGCCUACUUUUUGAGAGGAGCCCAGCAAAACCGAACGCUGCAGCAUCGGAAACCAUGGCAAUAA